UCCCUUUAUCCGUGAACAGGAAGUGAGCGCGUCCAUAGAAACGUGCAACAAAAGCUCACUGUUGCCACCAGCACAGGAAAGAGAGUUAAAAAACUAACUUCCACAUGCGUUGACUUUCAUUUGAUAGUUUAUUUCGCGUGAAACAUGGCCACAGCUACACUUCAAAGCAGGGAGAUUCCCCCGGAGAGACCGGCGACCUUACCUGCAACCUCUGGUGGCUCGAGAAACGAUAAUAUGGAAAUAACUUACACUGGUAACACUGGAAAUGACAUGGGGAUUUCAACUAUGGGCUUUAGGUCGUCUAAAUACAACCCAGCGGAAUGGCAUGAGAAUAAUUAUUCUAAGUAUUACCAGUCAUUUGUAGACCGUGAUAAUGGCGAAAGAAUCAGGCAUGAAUCAAAAAGGACAUCUAAUGAAACAGAGGCGACUACCAACAAAACACAGGCUGAGGUAACAAAGAAGCUUGGAGAACGAAUUCAAGAUAUAAAUUUCUGGAAAUUUGAGUUGGAGCGUGAAAUCAGAGAUGUCAUCGAUGAAACUGAUCUGCUAUUAGCACAGAAGAAACGCUUAGAAAAUGCACUGAGGGCCACAGAAAUUCCACUGCACAUCGCAACAGACAACUUAAACUGUAGGCAAAGGAGAGAGAACAUCGACCUCGUUCAGGAUGAUGUAGAAUUGUCAUUAUUAAAAGAAGUAGAAAUUAUCAACAAUGUUCAAGAUUUGCUCAAAAAAACAAUUGACCAGUCAGAGAAGCAGAUCAGAUUGAACAGAGAAGCAAAGCAGAACCUGGAAAUGGAUUGGAGUGACAAGAAAGAAGCUCUGGAGAUUGAUACAGCCUCCGGUGCUUUAAAAAACCAUCACACCAACAAACAAUUCUAUCCUGGUGCUGCAAAAUUCCAGGAAAUUCAGUCAACCCCAGAGUCCUGGGCCCAGUUUUCACACGACAACAUUGUGCGUGCCGAGCAUGAGCGCAUGGCCUCUAUGCAGCUGCGUCAGCUGAUAGACAACAUCCUGGAGGACACAUCUCGUGAUGAACGUGAACAGUGUGACGCCGUGGAUGUAGCCUUCCAGAAGAGGGUCACCGAAAUGGAAGAUGCCAAGACCAAGAUGGAGGAGAACUUGAAAAAGGUCUGUGAGGAGAUUACAACGAUGGAGAGGAACAUUGCCAACCUAAAACAGGCAAUCCGUGACAAGGAGAACCCAAUGAAGGUGGCCCAGACACGACUGGAGAACAGGACCUUCAGACCUGGUGUGGAGCUCUGCAGGGACCCUGUGCAAUACAAGCUUGUUGGUGAGGUUAACGAGAUCCACUCGUCCAUCGAUGCGCUGACAGACAAGCUGAACCAGGCCCAGAACUCUCUGAAGGACCUGCAAGACAACCGCAUGGGGCUCGAAAAGGAGAUCUCCAUCAAGAAGAACAGUCUCUUCAUCGACAGGGACAAGUGCAUGACUGUGCGCACACGCUACCCCACCACCCUCAAGCUGCAGGGUUACCAGUAAAAAUGAACAUUUGACGAGACUUUUUUUAUAUUGUGAUGUGUUGAAUACCAAUUCUUUUGCAUUAGAUCACACUUUGAUAAAGUUUGCCACGCAUUUUGAAUGUAGCUACAUUGUUUCUUUUUUAAAGACUUUUUUUGUUAACAUCUUGUAUAUUUGAUUGUUUAUAAAGCAUUGGACCUUUUUUGUCAUUCUUUGUUGCAUUGUACAAGUUCUUGUCUUUGCAUGGUCAUUCGAGGAGAAUUUGUAAUCCUGGUCUUUGCAAAAAGUUGUCUCUAGUUUUAAAGUUGAAAACAACCAUGUUCACUGCCAUUUUAGGCCCAUAUAUCCUAGAGAUAAUAUACCAAGCUUGUUUGCUUGUUUGUUUAUACACAAAUAUAUUUUUUCAUUUGGUGUAAUUGUGAUUGUGCAUUAUAUGAGCAUAAUUAUUAGCUAGCGUGAACGCUUCAUUCAGUAUUAUCAACUUUAAGCUUGCAGUUGUUGUCUGUUUUCGUAAAUUAUCCCUUUAAAUGUUUAUUCACCCCCUUUGUUCGUCUUUGUUGUAGCACCCAUCUGUGAUAAUUUUGUCAAUUUAUAAUACAUGUUGCUUUUUAUGGUGUUAUUUUUAUAUUGAUUUUGGUUUUCUUUGGAAAGGUAUACAUUGUCUUAUAGAAAGUAUGGUCAGCAAUAAUUUGCUGGAAGUGUAAAGCUCAAACUAAUUAAGAUUUAAAAAAUAUUAUUUGAAAGCUACUUGUUAAUCAUUAUCUGUUUAAAACCCUUUAGUGUAAAUAAAAAGGUGUACCACUAAA